AUGGCGGAGACAGUGGCAGACACCCGGCGGCUGAUCACCAAGCCGCAGAACCUGAAUGACGCCCACGGGCCGCCCAGCAACUUCCUCGAGAUCGAUCUGAGCAACCCCCAAACCGUGGGGGUUGGCAGGGGCCGCUUCACCACCUACGAAAUCAGGGUCAAGACAAAUCUUCCUAUUUUUAAGCUGAAGGAAUCUACAGUUAGAAGACGAUACAGUGACUUUGAAUGGCUUCGAAGUGAGUUAGAAAGAGAAAGCAAGGUUGUAGUUCCCCCGCUCCCUGGAAAAGAGUUUUUGCGUCAACUUCCUUUUAGAGGAGAUGAUGGAAUCUUUGAUGACAGUUUUAUUGAGGAAAGAAAGCAAGGACUGGAGCAGUUUAUAAACAAGGUCGCUGGUCAUUCCCUGGCACAGAAUGAACGUUGUCUCUACAUGUUUUUACAGGAUGAAAUAAUAGAUAAAAGUUAUACUCCAUCCAAAAUAAGACAUGCCUGA